AUAGUUAAAAGUGAGUCGAAGCAAGCGUUACAAACCAACCAACCACCCCCGUUGUCUAAGGCUCUGCUCCCUCACACUACACAGAUGAAAAAAGGAGACAAGCACGUUCUCUGCAAUAGGCGAUAGAAAGCAACAAAUCAAGCCAUAUAUUAAGCUGUUUUUUGUGUACUCUGUAACGGCGUUUUCUCAAUUUCUCUCUCUCACCCCCAAUUUUUUCACCUUAUUCACAAAAAAGAAAAUUAUUAGCUGCCUGCUCCUCUUCUUCCUCUGUUGCAGUAGUAGUAGUACUAUUGUUUGCAUUUAUUUUUCUCAAGUACUAUACAUAUAGUAGGACUUUACAACACUUUAACUGUGGUAUUAUAAAGGGGUGGUGAAUUUAGCCAGUUUUUUGGGAUGUUCUUUGUGUUAGUUUCUUGAUUCAGAAUUUUGGGUCUCAUUUUGUUUAGCUUUCUUUGCUUAUAUUAUGGAGAAUAAUGGGUGUUAUCAGUCUCAGCAGCAGACCAAUUUUUCAGUUAAAGGUAAAGAUGAUCUGUACCAAGGGUUAUGGAAGUUGUGUGCAGGUCCAUUAGUGGAUGUACCAAAAUAUGGAGAAAGAGUUUACUAUUUCCCACAAGGUCACAUGGAGCAAUUGGAAGCAUCAAUGAAUCAGGAAUUGAAUCUGAGAAUUCCAUCAUUCAAUCUUAAACCAAAGAUCCUCUGUCGUGUUAUUCACACUCAGCUCCUGGCUGAGAAGAUACUGAUGAGGUCUAUGCCCAAAUUACUUUGAUGCCCGAAGCAGCUGAACAAGCCGAACCGACUAGUCAAGAUCCAUGCCCGCCCGAGCCUCAGAGGCCUAAAGUUCAUUCCUUCUGCAAAGUUUUGACUGCAUCGGAUACGAGCACUCAUGGCGGAUUUUCUGUUCUUAGGAAACAUGCUAAUGAAUGUCUUCCACCCCUGGACAUGAACCAGCAGACUCCAACUCAAGAAUUGAUCGCGAAAGACCUUCAUGGUACCGAGUGGCACUUUAAACAUAUAUUUAGAGGCCAACCUCGGAGACAUUUACUUACCACAGGGUGGAGUACCUUUGUUUCUUCAAAGCGAUUAGUUGCUGGGGAUUCUUUUGUAUUCUUGAGGGGUGGGAAUGGAGAACUACGAGUUGGUGUUAGACGGCUUGCUCGCCAGCAGAGCUCGAUGCCAUCAUCGGUGAUAUCAAGUCAGAGCAUGCACCUAGGAGUCCUAGCUACAGCAUCUCAUCCUGUUACAACCCAGACCUUGUUUGUUGUUUACUACAAGCCGAGAACCAGUCAGUUUAUCAUUGGCCUCAACAAAUACUUAGAGACUGUUAAACAUGGAUAUUCAGUUGGCAUGCGGUUUAAGAUGCAGUUUGAAGGAGAAGAGAGUCCUGAGAGAAGAUUUACCGGCACUAUAGUUGGGAUUGAAGAUCUUUCCUCACAGUGGAAAGAUUCUACAUGGCGAUCUUUGAAGGUUCAAUGGGACGAGCCGGCAUCCAUUUCAAGACCCGACAGAGUUUCUCCUUGGGAAAUAGAACCUUUUGUGGUUUCAGUUCCGAAUCCACUUGUCCCGCCAAUGGCAGGGAAGAAUAAAAGGCAUCGACCACAUAGUGAAGCCAAAAUUUCAGAACCUGCAUCCUCAAUUGCAUCAGCGGUUUGGAAUCCUUCCACUGACUCGCCUCAAUUUAACACCACUGGCAUCAACAGCAGUACUAAUUGCAUGCUAACGUCUCAUACAGACAGUGUUUGUGGUUGGCGGCUUCCUCAUUUACAUACUUCUUCAAGUAUGCUUGUGGAUGAGACGGAAGACACUAAAAGUGCUUCAGCUUGGUCUGGUUUUCCAAGCGUUUUGUCCUCGCAAUUCAGUAAUGGGACUAAUCAGCCGAUUCUUAGUCCUACCGAUGAGAGAAAAUGUGAUACCAUCACAACCUGUAGAUUAUUUGGUAUUGACUUGAAAAGUACCUUAAUCAGCACUACCGAAGCACCACUACCAAAACCAGCCAACAUUUCUAAUGUCUUUGCCGAGAGAGCAUCUCCAAACACAGUGCCUGCUUUUGAUUCAGAUCAAAACUCUGAUCUUUCAAUUGAUUUCAAAGAUCAAAAGCAAGGCCAGUUGCAGUUACUCCUAAAAGAGGUUCAAAGCAAGCAAAAUUGUUCCACCCGGAGCCGCACCAAGGUUCAAAUGCAAGGGGUAGCUGUGGGUCGUGCAGUGGAUUUAACCGCACUGAAAGGAUAUAAUGAGCUUAUAAAGGAACUCGAGGAGAUGUUUGAAAUCCAAGGAGAACUUCACCCGCGAAAUAAAUGGGAGAUGGUUUUUACAGAUGAUGAAGGAGAUAUGAUGCUUAUGGGUGAUCAUCCAUGGCUAGAGUUUUGCAAUGUGGUGAGGAGGAUAUUCAUUGUUUCCAGUCAAGAUAUGAAAAAAUGGAGUGCAGGAAACAAAGUUCUGUCGUGUGCAGCAGACAAUGAGGCGAUUGCUUUCUAAGUUGAAUCAUUUUUUUCAUCUCUUCGACUUGAGUCUCCAAAUAUCAUCUCUAAAGAAAAAGGGGUGUUCACAUAGCACGACGUUAAACUCCCUUUUCUUUCUUCCAUGUUAGGUUGUUGGAAGAGUCAUGGUUGUAAGAUCAUCGAGGUUUUAGCUACUUCAUGCUCGGUUUUGAGAGCAGCUAAGUGUAAUUUAACUGGUUGUAGUAGGAUCAACUAGUAUAGGAAUAGUAUUAGAAGUUGUGAAUAGUUGAUGGUACUUCUAAUGGGGGGAGUCUGGUGGUUUUUCAAGUGUUAUAUGUAUUUUGUAAAUAUUCAUGUGUCAUUUUAAGAAGUCAAGCAUUCUGUAUCACAAUGCAUUGUCCUGUUAUUCUGCUUCAACUUAAUGAAAUGAGACAGUGGAAAUUGCUUGAUGCCUA